GGGAGCUGGUGUGGGGUCGGGCUCUGCCAGCUCCGGCCCCUCCGGGAGAGCCCAGCCCGAGUUCCUGCCUCCGCCCCCUUUCUCACGGCGAAGGUGACUGUUCCCCGUUGCCCCAGCUCUCUCACAGCAGCCCGUGGAUUGCCAGCCGUCAGGGGAUGCGGAAAGGAGUGGGCGCCGGGGUCUGGUGGAGGCCCCCCCGGGGCGUAUGGUUCCCCGAGGAGUCGUCCGCAGGCCUGCCCCCGUCGUCUCUUUAGCGUUGGAGAGAAGGAGCCGGGGACAUCGAAGAGAAGGGUUCAGCAGCUUGGGACUUCCUUGCUGAACUUUUUCAAGGCAGGCUUCACAAGGCUGCGCCACCGGAGGGAUCCACGGACCUCAGAGAGCUGACUCUCUUCUGGUUUGGCCUUGGCAUGUGUAGGAGCAGUUUUUAUCAGAGAGAAUGUUCAACUUGCAAGUUAAAAUCUCCAGCCACACCAGGAAAGCACCAAGGAAGAUUCUAGUGUCUCAGCUCUCACUUGAUUAGGCAGUGGAGUUGUGUAGAAUGGUAGUUAUGCUUCUGCAGGCUUGUGGCCGCAGUCUGUGAAAUUGGUUUUCAUUGGUCAUCUGAAUUGGAUCGUUCAGGUUGUUUUCGCCCUCCUCUCUGGAAAGUGGUAGUGGCUCCUUCCCCCCCCCCCCCCCCCAAACUUACAAAGGCUGCUAAGGGUGAGCUGUUCUGGAGUUAAACUGCUUUACGUUUAUUUCUAGUGGAUGAAGCAGUCUUUUAAACUUCGGAAAAUACUGAAGCAGUAUCUUAAACUUCGGGCUUUGGGGUUUUUUUUUUUUUUUUUCAAAUUCGUUACACCCAUGGAUGUAAAUGCUGGAGCAUGUGAUCCUUGUUAUGAGCUUGUUUGCAUUUGCGUUUAUAGAACAAUAGAAGGAUUUUUUAUAGCAUUCCAUUUUGCUAUACUUUGUAAUCGCACUAAUUCCUGUUUCUUCCCCACUGAACAGAAAACAUGAAGGAGCCCAGGCAGCGCAAAGAUAACAGGCGCCCAGAUCUGGAAAUCUAUAAGCCUGGUCUUUCCCGACUAAGGAACAGACCUAAAAUCAAGGAGCCCUCUGGGAGUGACGAACUUAAGGAUGAAAUUGUUAAUGACAGAGAUUCUUCUGCCGUCGGAAAUGGUACACAGCUUGCUAAAGAUGUCUGGAAAGACAACCCACAGCAAAAUGGUCCUGUAGACCCAGAAAAUGUUCGGGCGCAGGAGUCCUUCCCUAGGACUGGUGGACAAGAGGAUCGAAGUCUAAGAAUUAUCAAGAGAACAAAGAAACCCGACAUGCAGAUCUAUCAGCCUGGAAGGCGUUUGCAGACUGUUACCAAAGAACCAACCAGCCGGGUGGAUGAGGAAGAAAUCCUCAACCAGGUAGAACAGCUGAGAGUAGAGGAAGAUGAGUGUAGGGGAAACGUGAAAGAGGAGGUUGUGAACAAGCCAGAGAAAGAGGAGGCAGAAAAAAGCCUAAGUGGUGACAGAGUAAGGGCUGCGAAGGGAGAAAAAGGAAAGAAAGUUGAAAAGGGGGAGGGCGUGAAGAAGGUGAACGAAGACCCAGCUCAGGGGAAGCCAGGUUCUGCCAAGCGCUACUCCCGCUCAGACAAACGAAGGAACCGCUACCGCACUUGCAGUACCAGCUCAGCCGGUAGCAGCAACAGUGCCGAGGGGGCUGGCCUGACUGAUAAUGGAAGUCGCCGCCGCCGCCAGGAUCGGACCAAGGAGAGGCCACGACUGAAGAAGCAAGUAUCGAUGUCCUCAACUGACUCCUUGGAUGAAGACAGAAUUGAUGAGCCCGAUGGGCCACGGAGGAGCUCAGAAAGGAAGAAACAUUUAGAAAGGAGCUGGUCCAGCCACGGGGAGGGAGAGCAGAAAAGCAACGGUAAAGAAAAUCGAGGCACUCUUCGCGUUACUUUUGAUGCAGAAACCAUGAACAGAGAUUCCCCCAUGGUCAGGUCAACCAGGGAGGAUGUGGAUGGGUUAAAGCCAGACAAAGGCUCGAGCAGUGGGGGCAAAGGCUCUGAGAAGCAGGAGUCCAAAAACCUGAGACAAGAACUUCGGGGUCGUGGCCGUGGCAUUCUGAUUCUGCCCGCCCAUACCACUCUGUCUGUCAAUUCAGCUGGCUCUCCAGAGUCUACGCCUUUGGGACCUCGGCUUUUAUUUGGAUCUGGCAGUAAGGGAUCCCGCAGUUGGGGCCGAGGAGGCACCACCCGACGAUUGUGGGACCCAAACAAUCCUGAUCAGAAACCUGCUCUGAAGAGCCAGACGCCACAGCUACAUUUCUUGGACACUGAUGAUGAAAUCAGCCCUACCUCCUGGGGUGACUCACGCCAGGCCCAAGCGUCUUACUAUAAGUUUCAGAACUCGGACAACCCCUAUUAUUACCCCCGGACACCAGGCCCUGCCUCCCAGUAUCCUUACACAGGCUAUAGUGCUCUGCAGUACCCUGUGGGCCCUGCAAAUGGUGUGUACCCAGCGCCUUACUACCCAGGCUACCCAACUCCAUCAGGACAGUAUGUUUGUGGCCCCUUCCCUGCUAGCACCAUGAGCCCCGAGGAGAUGGAGCAGCACAUGAGGAACAUGCAGCAACAGGAACUACAUCGGCUUCUCCGGGUGGCUGACAACCAGGAACUGCAGCUCAGCAACCUGCUCUCCAGGGACCGCAUCAGUCCUGAGGGCUUGGAGAAGAUGGCUCAGCUCAGAGCUGAACUGCUGCAGCUAUAUGAGCGCUGUAUUCUAUUAGAUAUUGAGUUCUCUGAUAAUCAGAAUGUGGAUCAGAUCCUGUGGAAGAAUGCUUUCUAUCAGGUGAUUGAGAAGUUCAGGCAGCUUCUCAAGGAUCCGAAUGUUGAGAACCCAGAACAGAUUCGGAACAGACUUUUGGAGCUCUUGGAUGAGGGUAGUGACUUCUUUGAUAGUUUGCUUCAGAAGCUGCAGGUUACUUACAAGUUCAAACUGGAGGACUACAUGGAUGGUCUUGCCAUUCGCAGCAAGCCAUUACGAAAGACAGUAAAAUAUGCCUUGAUCAGUGCCCAGAGAUGUAUGAUUUGCCAAGGAGAUAUUGCCAGGUAUCGGGAACAAGCCAAUGACACGGCAAACUACGGGAAAGCACGCAGUUGGUACCUGAAGGCCCAGCAUAUUGCUCCCAAGAAUGGGCGCCCCUAUAACCAGCUGGCUCUGCUGGCAGUGUAUACGAGGAGGAAGCUUGAUGCUGUCUAUUACUACAUGCGCAGUUUAGCUGCCAGCAAUCCCAUCCUGACUGCCAAGGAGAGUCUCAUGAGCUUGUUUGAAGAGACCAAACGGAAGGCAGAACAGAUCGAAAAGAAACAACACGAGGAAUUGGAACUGAGCCCUGACCAAUGGCGGAAAGGAAAGAAAUCCACUUUCCGACAUGUUGGAGAUGACACCACUCGCCUGGAGAUCUGGAUUCAUCCAUCCCAUCCCCGGUCCUGCCAGGGCACUGAGUCUGGGAAGGAUUCUGAGCAGGAAAAUGGGCUGGGCAGCCUGAGCCCCAGUGAUCUGAACAAAAGGUUCAUCCUCAGUUUUCUCCAUGCCCAUGGGAAGCUGUUUACCCGGAUUGGGAUGGAGACAUUCCCUGCAGUGGCCGAGAAGGUCCUCAAGGAGUUCCAGGUGUUGCUGCAGCACAGCCCCUCUCCUGUGGGAAGUACCCGCAUGCUGCAGCUUAUGACCAUCAACAUGUUUGCUGUACACAACUCCCAGCUGAAAGAUCUCUGCCCGAUCCAGGCGUCGAUCCGAAGCGAUGGUUCUGAACAGCUGUCCCUUGGCUGGGCUCAGUGGGUCCGGACAGACUGCUUCUCAGAGGAGUGUCGCUCUGUGAUCCAGGAGCAAGCUGCAGCCCUGGGCCUGGCCAUGUUUUCUCUCCUGGUGCAGCGCUGCACCUACUUACUGAAGGAAUCGGCCAAAGCUCAGCUGUCCUCUGCUGUGGAGGAAGAGGAUCAAGAUGACAUCAAGGUGUCUUCCUUUGUCCCGGACCUGAAGGAACUGCUCCCCAGUGUGAAAGUCUGGUCAGACUGGAUGCUCGGCUACCCAGACACCUGGAAUCCUCCGCCCACCUCCCUGGAUCUGCCCUCACAGGUUGCUGUGGAUGUGUGGUCGAUGCUGGCUGACUUCUGUAACAUACUGACUGCAGUGAAUCAGUCUGAGGUGCCACUGUACAAGGACCCGGACGCUGACCUCACCCUCCUUAUACUGGAAGAGGAUCGGCUUCUCUCGGGCUUUGUCCCCUUGCUGGCUGCCCCUCAGGACCCCUGCUACGUGGAGAAAACCUCGGAUAAGGUUAUUGCAGCCGACUGCAAAAGGGUCACAGUGCUGAAGUAUUUUCUGGAAGCCCUUUGUGGACAAGAAGAGCCUCUGCUGGCAUUCAAGGGUGGAAAAUAUGUGUCAGUGGCACCCGUCCCAGACACCAUGGGAAAGGAAAUGGGAAGCCAAGAGGGAAAACAACUGGAAGAUGAGGAGGAGGACGUCGUGAUUGAAGACUUUGAGGAAGAUUCGGAGGCUGAAGGCAGCGGGGGCGAGGAUGACAUCAGGGAGCUUCGGGCCAAGAAGCUGGCUCUGGCCAGGAAGAUCGCAGAGCAACAGCGUCGCCAAGAGAAGAUCCAGGCUGUCCUGGAGGACCAGAGUCAUAUGAGGCAGAUGGAGCUCGAGAUCAGGCCCUUGUUCCUCGUACCAGACACCAACGGCUUCAUUGACCACCUGGCCAGCCUGGCACAGCUGCUGGAGAGCAGGAAGUACAUCCUGGUGGUGCCCCUCAUCGUGAUCAGUGAGCUGGAUGGCCUGGCCAAGGGGCAGGAGACAGACCACCGGGCUGGGGGCUAUGCCCGUGUGGUGCAGGAAAAGGCCCGGAAGUCCAUCGAGUUCCUCGAACGACGAUUCGAAAGUCGGGACUCUUGCCUACGGGCCCUGACCAGCCGUGGCAAUGAACUUGAAUCCAUCGCCUUUCGCAGUGAGGACAUCACUGGCCAGCUGGGUAACAAUGAUGACCUGAUCCUCUCCUGCUGCCUCCACUACUGCAAAGACAAGGCUAAGGACUUCAUGCCCACCAGCAAAGAGGAGCCAAUCCGGCUCCUGCGGGAGGUGGUGCUGUUGACGGAUGACCGGAACCUGCGUGUGAAGGCGCUGACCAGGAAUGUGCCUGUGCGGGACAUCCCAGCCUUCCUCACGUGGGCCCAGGUGGGCUGAGGGGGCCACAGCGGGGCCCACCCCCACGGAACCAUUCCUGAGAGGCCACCAGGCGCCCAGCGUAGCACAGAAGAUGCCCACGUGCCUGAGCCACCAAUCCACCCAGACAAUAAACCAUCCUCUUCCAACCCACGCUGUGGCCGUGCUGUGGGGGAGCUGCUCCUCGCAGAGCCCCUCCCAAGGGUCGGAUGGAAGCUGCUGGAACCCUCCUGGGCUGCCGGGAUUUAGCAGGGAGGUGGCUGGCUGCAGUGACAGCAGGUGGGCGAGCCAGACAGGCCAUCGGUGCUGGGCCUUUCUCCCUCCCCCUAUCCAGUUCAGGGGCUGGGGGAAGGCCUCUUAGCCCGGGGACUCAGCCACUUUCUCAGCUGGAGAUGGGGCAGGGGGGUUAGAGUUUCCAUCAGAUGCAGGCGAAAUCACAGGUCCCUUUAAUCUGCAGAACCCCUGUCCUGAAAGUGUCCAAGAGGCUUUGGUCAUGCCAUGAAGAGAGUGCCCAGAGUGUGUCUCUCUCCCUGAGGCCUGGAUUCCCCCAUGGAUCCCAGUUGGGUUCUGAAUGCCAUGUCCUGAAUAGCAGCCCUAGGCCCCCACCUCUCCUACCCCACCCUGAACACACACCCCCCCUCACCCCCAUCCUGCUGCUCGUCACCCUGCCCUUAGCGAUCUGCGUCCAUUGUACUUGGCCACUUGUUUUCCCCGCAGUUGGUCAUGGGCCUGUAGGGAAGGGACAUCUGCUCUCAGGCCCACGCUUCCUGGGUGGCCUUUGCCUGCUCCCUCACCCCUCACUGGCCUUCCUUUUGCUCUAGUUCCCGCUUCACAAAGUUUCCUCAGACUCUUCUCAACUCCCUCCCUCUUGCUCCUGAAUCAUCCCCCUCUCCCUCCUUCCCUUUCUAGUUGAUCCCUCUCAGCUUCCUGGCCCCUCAGUUCCUUGCCAUGGAGGUUCGCACUCUGAGUCUUCCUCCUGCGGUACCUGUGGCAGGAACCUAAUAAAGCUUUCCUGCCCCUGACCUUCUUUCCCAGGCCCCUGUGCUCUGGGAACCUUCCAGGCUCCUCCAGCCCAGCCUGAGGGUAGGAUGGGCCAGUGCCUGGAAGGAGCAUUGCCUAGCCUGGAGUUUGCACCCUGUUUCUAGUGUUGCCCUAGAACUUGACAGAGGGGCCCUUUGGCCUUGGAGUUUUUUGUUGCCUCUUUAGCUGGCACCUGUGUUCAAAGCCACACUCAGGCGGCUUCCCACUGGGAAAGUGUUCUCCCAGCCCAGGGACAGUGAUGGAGGGGGACUUAGGGGAAGACAGGGUUUGGAAGCAGAACCAGGAGUAAAUUUUGUUGGGACCAGCGGGGGAAUCCCCCAGUGACCCCUGUCUGACUAUACAGCCUGCCUAGAGGAUGGGAGCAAGGCAGUGCCCUCCCCGGGGCCAAGAUUAUGCCGGAAGGGGGAACUAUGCAGGAGAGCCAUGGCCAAUGAUUUGGGGCUGUGCGUCCCCCAAGGGCCUCAGAAGACUGGGCUUUUUGGGGUAUAGGGUCCCUGGCCUCUCCUUUGAGAUCCUCUCCCCUGGAUGAAGGCUGAUGACUGGGUGGGUGGGAGACCCCAUCUCUCCUUUCUGUCCCAUUUGCAGCACUGGUUUUGUUUCCUUAAUAAACUGUUAGU